AUGUUAAUAAAUAACCUCAGAAAGGUUUUUAUUGUUGGUUACGCUAGAACCCCCAUUGGCGCAUUAGGAGGAAGUAUUUCUCAUAUACCAGUUCAUAAAUUAGCUUGUGCUACUAUUUUAAAAGCUCUUGAGAGAAGUCAAAUAGAGAAAGAACAUGUUGAUUGCUUAAUUUUUGGUCAAUCUUUUUCUAGUGGUUGUGGUCCAGUACCUCUUCAGAAAAUUGCAAUAUCAACGGGUAUGCAUAUAAACACAAAAACCCACCUUGUAAAUAAUCUGUGCUGUAGUGGUUUAGAUUCUAUUACCAUUGGAUAUGAUCUAAUUAGGGGAGGCAAAGAUGCUUGUAUUGUAGGUUCAAUGGAAUCCAUGUCUCAAAGUCCAUAUUUUUUAAAAAACCUGAGAACUGAGAAAUAUAGUUUAGGUAAUAAUAUAUUAAGAGAUAGUAUUAUAUAUGAUGGUUAUGAUUUUAUGGUGAAUAAUAAAGAGUUGAAAACUAAUAAUACCCUAGAAAUGUUUUGUAAAAAAUUUAAUAUACCAAGAGUUGAUUUAGAUGAAUAUGUUAUAAAUUCUUUUAAAAGAACUGCUAAUGCAUAUAGUGAAAAUUUAAUUCAACAAGAGAUAUUUCCAUUAGUAGUACAAAAAAAGAAAAAUAAAAUACAAGUCGAAAAAUCUGUAAUAGAUUCUGAUGAAAUAUAUAAAAAUUAUAAUAUAGAUAAAAUUUGUAAUUUAAAUAGUGAAUCCAUAAUAACCAAUUAUAAUAUAGCACCAUUUGCUGAUGGAGCAUGUGCUCUUGUAUUAAUGAGUGAAAAUAAAUUAAAAGAAUUAGAAAUAAACCCUAUAGCAGAAAUUAUUACAUAUGAUAAUGCUUCUGUUUAUCCGGAUGAAUUUCCUUUUAGUAUUCCUUAUAGUAUAGAAAAAUGUUUAAAGAAAAUAAAUAAAUCAUCUCUUGAUUAUUAUGAAAUUAAUGAAUUAUCAGCUCUUAAUGUUAUUUUUGCUAUGAACAAAUUAAAUAUAGAUCUAUCUAAUGUAAACAUAAAUGGAGGAGCCUUAUCCUUAGGUCAUCCUACUGCUGUAUCUGGUUCAAGAAUUGUCAUGUCAUUAAUAACAGUUUUAAAAAAUUAUGAUAUGAAAUUAGGUUGUGCUUCUAUAAAUAAUUACCUAGGCUCAUCAACAUCUAUUAUAGUGGAAAAUACAUAUUGA